UCUUUUCAUUACACACAACAUUACAACUGGAAGAGGAACUGGAAAAGAUAUUUUCAUUUCUAUAUUAGAAUAAUACAUAAUUAGAAUAUACAUAAUUAUAUUUUGUAAUAAGAGCCUUUACAAUGGAUAAAGACACUGUUAAAAUACUAGAGGGCGAUGAAGCCGCUGCUCAGAAAAAAGAAGAUUCAAAGAUUAACAUUCAAGUUGGGAAAUCUGCACUUAAAACUAGCAAAUUAGUUGAUCCCAGCGAUGAAAACAUUGAUACAAUUACGGAAAAGGCAAGAGUCUCAACUGUCAAUGAAGCGAUUGAGGAAGGUCUUAUAAGCAGCGAUUCUGAUUCCAUAUUUUCUUUGAUAGACAUUGAGGAUAUUAGUGAAUCAUCUGAAGAUUUUUUUGACAGAUUGGGCACCAUACCAGAUAUGUCUUCAAUUUUUAAAGAGUCUCAAGAUUCACGAACAAUAGGCAAAGAUGUUGGCUCAUUUGUUGAUCCACUAACCGGUAUGCUGUAUGAGAGCGAUGAGGAGGAAGAAGCGGAGGAAGAAGAAGAAAUGAUUGAAGAAGAAUCAUCCACCACAGAAGACUCAGAAAUGGCCGAAGAUGAAGAAUUGUUGGAAUUGUUAAAACGCGAUGAGGAGGUCGAAGCGCCAAAGAUACUAGACGAAGCUGAAGUAUUCGAAACAUUUAUGGAAUUGGAGAAGAAACAAGUUAUUGAGGAUGCUCUUGAAUUCGAUUGGAUUGCAUAUGAACGUGAAAAGGAAUUAAAAAGUAUAGCUGCGGAUACGGUUGUAUUUCUAAAAGAUUUAAUCUGGGAGGUUGUCGAAAAAUCGGAAUAUGUCGAUCCAAAUAUUUUCCUAAGGCAAAAUCUGGACAAAGCCUCACUUAUCGAAGAGAUAACCAAAAAAUUGAAAACACUUGAGGUGGAGCAAAAGGCGCGCAGCUUUCUCAAUCGGCGCGUUGCCGAAUUUUACUAUCGUAAAGGGCAAUAUCGUGUUUUUACCGAUGAUCCACCUGAAACCAUACUAGACGAAAUCCAGAAAUUGAAAGAUGCCACAAAUAAAUUGGAUCAAGUACUUUACCGCGAGGAAGAACUUAAAAGUACUACACAAGCAGAAAUUGCUAACAUACAGCAGGACGUAUCCGUAAUGCAAAUCAAAAACCAAGAAAAACUACAGGAGUUCGAACAACUUGUGAAAAAAACGUUUGCUUAUAAGGGUGAACACUUGGCCUUGGACGUCGAUUCGCAAUUGCGUAGAAUGACAAAGUUACGUGAUGAAAUCUCAGAUAUGCGUUAUAUACUAAUACAGAAACAACACACAAAUGCUACUUUAGCGGAACAAUUAAAGAAACUGGAGAAUCUUGGCAAUAACUUUCAAUUUCGUGAAUAUGAAGCCUUGCAAAAUGAUUGUCAAGCCUUGGAUAAAAAAAUUGAGGAACGCAAUGCUGACUUGGUUCGAUCACGUGUGCGUUGCAAUGCCGACUUACAUAUUAUGGGGCAUUUGAAGGAGAAACAAGCCAUGAUUCGUAGCAAGAUAAAAAUUCAAAAAACAUGCUUGGCAUUGUUGCAAACACAAAAAUAUAAGGCACGAAAAUGUAUUUUCGAAUCGAAACAGCAACGCUCUCAAAUGCGUAAGGAAAUCAGAGAGCUGAGCUACCAAUGCGGCUUACUCGAUAAGCCGGCUCUGAUGUUGGACUAUGACAAAACAGUGUAUCAAAUCUCUAAUGUUAUUGAGAGACUGCAUAAACUGCGUUAUAGGCAUGAUGAAAUUCUACGUAAAAUAGCAAGACUCGAAGUUAAAUGCUUGUAAGUCAGUCAGAAUGUUCAUAAUGUUACUACCGCCAUGGAUUUGCCAAUAAAUGAUGGUGCAAUUAUUUUUUAAUAGAACAA